AAAAAUCCAUAACUCGUGUUAACCCGUGACAAAUACUUUAUCGAAAAAAACUCAACGAUGGCCUACGCCCAACUCUUGACGCUUGUGCUGUGCUCUUUCUUCAUUCAGGAUGCGUUGUCUGGUGCAACGCUACAAAUGCGUGGUUCGCGGAAAGUUGCAGAAGACGCGGACGUAAGCGCAACGCCGUCGAUGAAGCGAUUAGCAAGAGAACCAACGGAAAUGUCUGUACCGGUUACACGAGCCGGAUCUGAAGCCAGGGUUGGAGUGAGAAAGAAAACAGCACCGGCAGAGGUGUCCACGAAGCCGACCGCGAGAAGGACGAUGAGACAGACUACGUCGAAGAAAGUGGCCCCGCCACCUCCCAAGUACCCGAACCUAGCCAAAGUGGAGAACAUGAUCUGGGAGACGGCGGAGGACAUAAACAGAACCAACGAGAGCGGUAAGCUAAUUGUGAGGUCGGUGCGAAACGCGAUCGAAGAUUUUCUGACCAGCAGAAAGUUCUGGUACACGCUGGUGGGGAUCAUCAAGAGACGGGCAAAGUUGACCAACAACAAGGAACGGGUUGACAAGGUGAUCGGCGCCAGCAACGCGCUGACCUCGAUAUUGUUAGGGCCGAUGGCGGCCCGUGGCUUGGAGAAACUUGCUCACGACGUUUACGACACGGCCGUCACAGCCAAUCCGGGCAUGUGCACGGAAGCGCUGUCGCUGGCCACCAACAUCGUCAACGGCAACCAAGUGACCGACGGCCUGAGAGCGGUAAACUCCAUCGUCACCAACAUCGAAAUCCACCCGGAUAUGGUGACCCAGGCGUUCGCCAAAUUAAUCAAGUAUAUCAGUUUAAACGGCUCCAUAUCCAUGAGCCAAGGUAUGGCCAACGGUUUCUUGGCUGUCUCUUCGAGACUGAACAGGAGGGUGUAACGCCGCUGUCGCAAUUAUUACGUAACAUCUUAACAGCGUAAACAAGUGCUUAGGUGUGUAUAUAUGUAUGCGUGUGUGUGUGUGUGUGUGUGUGUAUUCACAUAAUUAUGAUAUACACAUUAAAGUGUUUGUGCUGCGCAUGUAUGUUAAAUAUGUGUAAGCAACUUAUGCAUAAUUGACACGCGGUUUCGAUUAGUAUUUAAGUACACACUAAACCAUCGUUUCUGUGUUGUAUAAACUUUAUUUUAAUAAAAGUAAUAAUGCUCGUCUACGGGAAACUUCA